AUGUUAAAAAUGUUGUCCAAAAUGGCUAUGUGCAAAUCAGAUGGGCAAGAUUCUUCUUAUUUCAUUGGAUGGCAAGAAUAUGAGAAGAACCCUUAUGAUUCUAUUCAAAAUCCUUCUGGUAUUAUUCAAAUGGGUCUAGCUGAGAAUCAGCUCUCUUUCGAUCUCCUUGAAUCAUGGCUCACAAGGAACCAAGAUGUAAUUCAGUUUAGAGAAAAUGGAGGAUCCAUGUUCAGAGACUUGGCUCUUUUCCAAGAUUAUCAUGGAUUGCAGGCUUUCAAGAAUGUACUUGUGUCGUUCAUGGCUGAGAUCAGAAAAAAGAAAGUAAAAUUUGAUCCCAAAAAUUUAGUACUCACAGCUGGUUCAACUUCAGCAAAUGAAACAGUCAUUUUUUGCUUAGCUGAACCUGGAGAAGCUCUCCUUAUUCCAACUCCUUAUUAUCCAGGGUUUGAUAGAGAUCUUAAAUGGAGAACAGGGGCUGAAAUUGUACCAAUAUACUGCUACAGUUCAAAUAAUUUCAGAAUUACUGAAUCAGCCCUUGAAGAAGCAUAUGAACAAGCCCAAAAACUUAAUUUAACAGUCAAGGGUGUAUUCAUCACAAAUCCUUCAAAUCCACUCGGGACAACAAUGUCACGCAACGAACUAAACAUUCUAAUCACAUUUGCCAUGGCCAAAAAUAUUCACAUAGUUAGCGACGAAAUAUACGCUGGUACAGUAUUCGAUUCGCCAAAUUUCAUAAGCAUUAUGGAGGCAUUAAUCGAUAGGAAACUCGAAAAAUCAAAAAUGUGGAACCAAGUUCACAUCGUGUCGAGUCUAUCAAAAGAUCUAGGCCUUCCAGGUUUCAGAGUUGGGAUGAUUUAUUCGAAUAACGAAACGCUUGUAGCUGCUGCUACAAAAAUGUCGAGUUUUGGGCUAAUUUCGUCGCAAACUCAGUAUCUCCUGUCUAAAAUUCUCGGAGAUAGGAGAUUUAUAGAACGUUACGUUAAGGAAAAUAAGAAGCAAUUGAUGCAUAGGAGGGAAAUGCUCGCUACAGGCCUUGCGAAUUCGGGGAUUGAAUGUUUAGAAAGUAACGCUGGAUUGUUCUGUUUUGUGAACAUGAGGAAUUUGCUAAAAUCGAACACGUUCGAAGCAGAAAUGGAAUUGUGGAAGAAAAUAAUUAGUGAUGUUGGUUUAAAUGUAUCUCCUGGAUCUUCUUGUCACUGCAGCGAACCGGGUUGGUUCAGAGUUUGUUUCGCGAACAUGUCGAAAGAAACUCUCGACCUCGCGAUGCAAAGGAUUAAUAAUUUUGUCAAUUCUGACAGAGAUAUUCAUCGUAAUCUUCAUCAGCAGCCGUCACGAUUCGUGGAGGCUGCUGGCUCAAGGAGGAGAAGGACAAUUGCGAAUUGGGUUGUUAAGUUAUCAUCAGGUGAUGGAAGGACAGAUCGUUGAAAAGAUAUAUAUGGAAUAUGUAUUAAUUCUAUUAUUGUUAUGUUUAAUAUUUGAUGUAAUUUGAGAAUUGUAGUAUAGCUAGGGAGCAUAUAUGUUUUUAUUAGUAUUAUAUUAUUGUGUUAUGUGAUGUUUCAGAUAUGGUCAGCCUACUUGGUAACUUUCAUGUCUUAUGUCCAUUUUCAAAUAUUAUAACACGUUGUUUCAUAUCGCAAUCACUAUAAAAAAUGGGACAAAGAAAUUAAACAAAUCAGAGAGAGUUGUUGAGAUUGAGACAUUAAUUGAAUAAUUUUCUUU